AUGGAUGAUAUCGGCAUCAACAUGGGCGUCCCCGGUGACUCGGGGUACCCCACUUCACCCACUUCAGAGGCAGCGCCUGACCAGAACCCUGUCACCAAUCGUGUGACGUCACCAAAUCCGUCACAGCACCGUGGGCACCAGACCAGGCCAGAGGGGUUUUCUCCCUCUACAACGCCUAUACUGACUACUAAAGGCCCGUCUAGCUGCAACAGUCUACUUUCCAACUUCAAACUCUUGAUGAACAGUGAAGGCUCGCCGACCGACAGUGUCUUCAGUAAGCUGGUUCAGGAGUGCUGUGACAACGAAGAAGACCUGUUUGGGGAGAAACUGGGAGUGGAGGACGGGGAUCAGAAAGUGGUCAUCAAUAUUUCAGGCAUGAUGUUCGAGACACAACUCAAAACUUUAUCGCAGUUUCCAGACUCCCUGCUAGGAGACCCCAUGAAAAGGAUGGAAUACUUUGACCCGAUGAAGAACGAGUACUUUUUCGACCGGAACCGUCCCAGCUUCGAUGGGAUCUUGUACUUCUAUCAGUCUGGGGGCAAAGUCCGAAGACCGGCCAACGUCCCCUUAGAGAUUUUCGCAAGAGAGAUCGUUUUCUACGAGCUAGGAAGAGAAGCUAUGGAACAGUUCCGUGAAAUUGAGGGGUUCAUAACAGAACCCGAGCCGCUGUUGCCCACCAACGAGGUCCAUAAGCAGUUCUGGCUCCUGUUUGAGUAUCCGGAGAGCUCCAGUGCAGCUAGGUCAGUGGCCCUGGUGUCUGUCUUCGUCAUCAUCAUCUCCAUCUUCAUCUUCUGCCUGGAGACUCUGCCAGAGUUCCGUGACGACGUAGACUUUAUCACCACCUUUUCCCUUGGUGUCAAUGGAACCCAGGAGGGUCCUCUUAUAGUCCAAAAAGACUUAUUUGCCUAUUUCACAGACCCAUUUUUCAUUGUGGAAACCAUCUGCAUAAUUUGGUUCUGCUUUGAGCUUGGUGUACGCUUUGUGGUCUGCCCCAGCAAAAGUGACUUCUUCCACAACAUUAUGAACACCAUUGACAUUGUCUCUAUAAUACCCUAUUUCGUAACCAUGGCUACAGAGCUGUACACCACGCCAGAUGAAGACAUCAACUCCAGCCAGAACAUGUCACUGGCCAUCUUACGCAUCAUCCGUCUAGUGCGAGUCUUCCGGAUCUUCAAGCUAUCGCGACACUCCAAGGGGCUUCAAAUCCUGGGCCAGACCCUGAAGGCUAGUAUGAGGGAGCUGGGUCUGCUGAUCUUCUUCCUCUUUAUUGGAGUCAUACUGUUCUCCAGUGCCAUCUACUUUGCUGAGGUGGACGAGCCCCACACACAGUUUGUCAGUAUCCCUGACGGGUUCUGGUGGGCUGUGGUGACAAUGACCACUGUGGGAUACGGGGACAUGUGUCCUACUACUUUGGGAGGCAAAAUGGUGGGGACUCUCUGCGCCAUUUCCGGCGUGUUGACCAUUGCCUUACCCGUCCCUGUUAUCGUCUCCAACUUUAACUAUUUCUACCACCGGGAGACAGAGCAAGCAGAGAAACAAGUGAUUGACGAUGCGGCAGAAGCAGCUCAGAAAUUAACCGACGCUAACAAGUAUGAGUAUGGUAGCACACCCUCUGUUGACAUUAACACAAUCAACGGUAGCUUGCAGAAUGACAAGAAUGGCAUGUAAUGUGUUUAUCAUUUAAGUGAUUAUAUCCAAGGACAUGACAAACUAAGAAAUCUAACAUAUACCAAAAUACACUGAUAUAAUUUUUUUCUCAGAAUUUUAUACUCUAUUCAUUGCAGCGUUGGUGCACGUAGUAGGCUAUACUAUACAUCUCUUUCACAAUAUUCAAAAUAAGGAACUAAUAUUAGUUAUCAGCCUGACUGAUCAGCCUGACUGAAUGUGUCAAAGUGCAAUUCAGAAGAUAUAAACACAGUUACAGCCAUUUUACAUUUACAUGCUCUGGACAG